AGUUGGAGCGUGUUGCAGCAGACGAAACGACGUCUUUCAUCAGAUAUGGCGGUGUGUGACGAUCGAACGAAGUUUCCAUCUGAAUUCUGAUACUUUCUUUUUCGGAUAUCUUCAACUUCUCGCUGAAACAGAAGCGGGAUAAAAAUCGUCCACCAUCGCCUACGAUUCGAAUUUCGAGCUCAGAACCUUUCGACGACGAAACCUCGAUCAUGACCGGUAGACAAGAUAAUGCCCCUGUUGCUACUGUCAAAGCAGAAAGUAUCCACAAAGAUCUGCAGAACUUUCAGGGGCGAGAUAAUAUUCUUCGGUCACAAGAUAUGAAGCCAUCUAAGCGUUCUGUUACUUCUUCAAAGUCUUCCCGACCUCCAAUGGAAAUUUACAGCCCUAGAAACAAUCUUAAAAAAUAUUCAAUGAAACUUGGGACUUCUGAAACAGUAAUACCCGAUACUCCCAAUAAUUUGCAGCAUUCACACAGUUCCAAAGAAAUCGUUGGUGGUAAAAAUGGUACCAAAGUGCACUUUGUGGAGGGACAUGUAACAAAGAAGAGUUCCCCUCCCCCUUCCAAUACUAUUCCUCUGGAAUUAAAGAGUGCCUUAAAACGUUCAAAAAGCUUCACUGCCGAUGAAUCUCCUCGUGGUAUAGAAAAUAUAGGCUUUGAAAAGGAUGCAUUUCCUUUGGAGUAUCAAGGUUUAAUACGGAGAGCUGUUUUAGACCCCAAUUCAUUGUCAUGUCAAAAAUUGAUGGAAUUGGUUCGUUUGAUCUGCUGCAAAGCUGUUGAAGGUGUUCAGUAUGCUGCUCCUGCUGCUCAGCUUUGUUUUUCCAUCAUAGAAAAAGAACAUGAUCAUACAUUCUUAGAAAGCCUUCAAAACUGUUGCAGGGAAUGGUAUAAUGAACGUGACAAACUGCUCCGGGCCCCCUUCUUAACAUCUGUGGGUACCACAGCUGCAGGAAUGCGGCGGUGGACUGCUUAUGUGUCUUUCAUCACUGAACUUUAUCUUCAUGUUAAAAACCAGCAUUGCCAAAUGAUUCAGCCCACUCAGAGUGGAAAUCUCACUGGCCAGCUACUAGGGCCACACCCUAAUUCGCCAAUGGCCCACUUGGCCCUUACCCUACAGACAUUGCUCUAUGAGUGUGCAAAUAUCAUACUGAAACCACCAUCAUUGAACUGUGAGGGAGAGAUUACAAUCCUCCGCAAGAUGUUGAGCUCUGUCGGCAAGCAGCUGGAAGCUGACUGCUCCCAACGGAUGGAGCAAUUGGUGAUAAACUUGCGUGAUGCAUUCAUUUAUCCGUCCAUAAAUGCACAAAUACGUAAAACCCUCCUCGAAUUAAUCGAGCUUCAUGCAAGCGGCUGGCAGCUGGAUCUGCCGCAGACAUUGUAUUAUUUUCCCUACACAAGGCUUUAAUCCCACCUCUCGGCAAGAGUUUAUGCUUUUUUUUUUGUUCCUUACAUUUUUAGUUACUCUUGCUCUGAAUUUUUUUUUUUUUGUGUCAUAAGUUGUUAAAAAGAGUCCUUGUGUUGAAGGUUAAAUUCUUGACAUUUUUUGAAAAGUUAUUGGUUAUGAGAAUUUCUUGGCAAUUCCUUCGAGAGUGCUAAAAAUUAUAGUCUAGAGUAAUUUUGAAUGCAGGAAUUACCAGUUUGGAAGGAUGUACUUUUAUUGCAUUUAAAAAUUGAUCAAAUUUGUUGUUAUUCAAUUGUUAAAAAUGCACAGUGUUGUAUUUUGAAGCUAGUUCCAUUAUUAUAUAAAACUGCAACAGCUCUAGGUAUUUAUUUAAAAUGAAAGAAAUAUAUUCAUUUAAAUAAUUUGCUUGUGUCUGUACUAACUUUUUGAUUCAAAAAUUAAUAUUAAUCAUCGUUUUUUUUUUUUUUUUUUAGAAGCUUAGAGCAAAGAAACAUUUAUCUGAGUAUCUGUACAAUCAGUACUAGUGUAAAUAUUUAGACGGGUACUUACAGUACAUUCUAAUUAAUGUGAAAAUUCUUUUCUUUGUAUUUUUGUUUGAAGAUUUCUUUUUUUGAGUUUAACAGCAUAGCAUCAUAUUUUUUUAAAUAGAAAUUUGAUGAUAUGCUGAAACUAUAAAUGUGUGGUUUUAGUUAUGACACUUGAAUUAUUUUAUUUUGUUUCCUGCAAAAUACAAAUUUAUUUUCAAGGUGCCGACAUUGAAGAGAACCCUUAUCAUGCAUGUUUCCUCCAUUUUGACUAACUGAAUUUUUUUUUCUCCCACAAAAUUGCUAGAUAAUAGAUUUGCCAAUACUUUAUAAAUAGGAAUACUAAAGAUCUGAAAAUGAAAUUAUGGAGAUAUUUCAUUUUAUAUUUCUAAAGAUAUGAAUUUUAGAGCAAUAUGUGUAACUAAUUAUACACUUUUCAGGUUUUCUACAUUCUUUUCCCUUCAUGAAUUGUUAUUAACUAGCAUACUUCUGAAGUUAUAAUAUCGUAUUAAUGUUUAUGUCAAAUAAUCAUACCAUUUUUCUACAAUUUAUUAAUUAAAUGUUAUUUAUCAUUGAAAUACUGACUUUAAAAACUCAAACCCAAUUUUUAUAACAUUUUUUUUCAUAUUUAAUUUGUUAAAAGAUACUUAAUAAUAAAGUAUAUAUUCAUUGUAGUAAAAGACUUCAGUUUGUCUGUUAUAUCUUGUAAUAACUAAUAAUAUUAUAUUUUUACUUAUUGCAUACUGAGAAUCUAGUUCUAUAGUUGCCAACCUUUAAUUUUAAAUAUAUGACCAGAAUAAAAUUUUUGAAGGCAUGUUUUUAUAUUAAUCAAAAAUAAUUUGACCUAUUUUAUAAAAACUAGUAAUUUGUAUAUUUUUGCUUUACUUUAACAAAUUAAAAGCAACAUUGCAACUCUCCUGUGUUGUCUAAAAAUCUGUUUAACUUAUAUUUCGAGAUUAGUGUAUUUAAUGUUUCAUAAACUUACUGUGAUACUUUGUUUCUAGUUAAUGAGCUAAAUUUUUUUUGCUGUUAUUUUAGUUUUUAACUUUCUAGUGUUAAAUGGUAUGUAGAUGUUUAUUUAACUGUAUAUUUUGAAAUCAAUCGCAUUUCAUUUGCUUUAUUUUUGCCAACGGUGUUAAUUAUUGAGAUUUGUAAAAAUCUUUCCUGCUGCAUUUCUGCACAUUGCCUGAAAUGACAGUAAUAGGAUGUGUGCCAAUAUCCAGUGUCUUGUAUUAAACAGUAAACAUUUGUAUGAGCAAUUUUUGAUUAAUGUUACCAUAAGAUUGCUAGUUUAGUGCAAUAAACAAAUUUUUACUAUAAUGGAAAUUUUGCUGCAUUUUCUAGUCUUCAAAAUUGUACAAUAAAUAUUUACUGGAAAAUAAAAUGUUGUUUUAUUUACUCA